GAAGGCUUCAGCUUAUGUGCAAACAUUGUUUCCUAUCUUAUAAAAUGACCUCAAGUCGAAACCAUUUCGAGAAGUACUUGAUUCGUUAACGCGAAAAUUAAGAUGGCUGCAGCAAAGUCUAUUUUUUUGGUUUUGCUAGUAUCUUUUGUAGCAGGUGAAGAGAAAUGCUACCCUCCAUACGGCUGCUUCAACAAUGACCCCCCAUUUAGUAGGUCCCUGGUCCAGUUGCCAGAUUCGCCGCAAGUCGUCGGCACCAAAUUCAUGUUGUACACACGAGCGCAAAAAGCUAACCCGGAUGUAUUGAGUGAUGCUGAUCCGUCGUCUGUCAAGACAUCUACCUUUGAUGGAAAAAAAUCGACAAUUUUUGUUGUUCACGGGUAUUUAGAAAAAGCAACGGUGUUUUACAUGCGCCUUCUCAUCGACAAACUACUGAAGGUCGAAGAUGCAAAUGUAAUUGUGGUCCACUGGGAAAAUGGUGCCAAGUUUCCAUACCACAGGGCUGCAGGAAACGCCCGAUUGGUGGGAGCACAGCUUAGUGCCUUGCUAAAUUUAUUGCAAAGCCAAUUUGGAAUGAGUUUAUCACGUGUUUACAUGAUUGGUUCUGGUCUAGGGGCUCACGUGGCAGGGUACGCAGGGAGAAAUAUUAAAAAGGUCAAUGGCACUAUUGGGCGUAUAACAGGUCUUGAUGUUGCAGCGCCUCACUUUGAGCAGGAGCACACUGAUGUGAGGCUGGAUUCUAGUGAUGCUGAUUUUGUUGAUGUCAUUCACACUGAUUCUAAAACCUUCAUUGUGAGGGGAUAUGGCAUCCGAGAGCCUGUGGGCCACCUAGAUUUUUAUCCAAAUGGUGGUUAUGAACAGAAAGGUUGUCGUUCCCGCGAUGAUGGCGCAGUGUCAUUCUUCACCUGCAGCCACUACCGAGCAGUUCAUUACUUCAUUGAGUCUAUCGAUGGUCACUGCCCUUUCUCUGCGUUUCCAUGCGAAAGUUACAAAGGAUUUAAAAAUACGUCAUGCGCGUCAUGUCCUUUGGAUGGAUGUCCUAUAAUGGGCUACAACGCUGUGGAGCAGAAGAAUAAGGCCAUUGGGAAGUUUUACCUCAGGACCGCUGGAGGCAGCCCAUUUUGCGUUCAUCACUACAAAGUUACAUUUCACACGGCCAAAGGCCCCUUUACUGAUCUCACAGCAGGGGCAGCAAGAAUGAAAUUGAUUGGCGAUAAUGGUGUUUCAGAAGAAAUUGAAUUGGAAGACCGAUACAUUGCAAGUGGAAGUGUGGAAGAUUUUCUUGCUGUCACUUCAAGAAAUGUGGGCCAGUUGCAACGGAUCAAAGUUUGGCACAAAGGUUUACUUGAUUAUUGGAAGCUCCACAUGGUUGAAGUGACACGGUUUGGCUCCACUAAAAAGUACGUCGGGUGCUUCAAUCGUUGGCUUAACUCAGCGGACAACGAAGUGCCAUUGCAAGAGUACAAGGGAAAACAUCUUUGCUAGCAAGCCAAGUUUUUACAAUACUUUAACAAAUUUUCACUGCAAUUUUCAGUGAUAUCAGUAAUGCAUUGUGCACAGUGAAUUUUAAAGAA